AUGCCGCAAUUAGAAGGAAGCAAUUUAGAAAAGUUAAAUAAAGAUGGAUGUUUCAGAAGGAACGGCAUAGAUAGAUAUGUAGAUGCGUCCGAUUCAGAAUCCGAUGAUAAUAUGCUAUCCGCGCCUGAUGAGAUGGAUUUAGGUGAAAAUGAGGAGGAGGACGCUUUAGAUUCAGAUCGAAUUGUUGAACAAAAAUAUGAAGAGAAGAGUGACUUAUGUAAUAUUGACUCGCCUAGAUUGGACCAAGCUCAAGUUAUAAUUACUAGCGAUGUGACAGAAGCAAAAGUAGAACAAUCGAUGAAUAAUAUGGAACAGGUGACCUCAAGGAAUGAGAUUAUCAAAAUGUGGAAGCACGCAUAUGAUCUUGAAAGACGAGCCGUUUGCAAAAUGAUAAGUGCUUUAUUCAAAUAUUACGAGGAGUUGAAAGAAAGAUAUCGAGUAAAAGAAAAACAUCAUCUCACUCAUUGGAAUAGGGUAAUGUCCAGAUGUUUUGAUGUACUAACAAAGAAGGAAGAACACUACAAUGAACUUUUCAACAACUUCAUCAUGAAAGAUGACUUGACCAAACAGGAAUGUGUGAAUUUCUUGAACAGUUGCAGGGAAAAGGUUGCUGAAUUGAGAGAAUCUUUAGAGACCUUUGCGAAGAAAGAAUUCGAUGGAAGAAUUAUUCCAAAAAGGGGCAAGUAA